AUUAUUCUGCGUAAUAUUUAAGGUUUCCUUUGAUCAAGUUUUGUUUUCGUUUCCAAUAAUGUGGUUAUUUCCAGCCUAUCAACUGAGCAUCUGUCACGUGCAAACUUUCGUUUUGCGCAACAGGAUUGCAACACAUUGCUAUCUCGGAUAUCAAAAGUUGCAGUGCAAUUAAGAUAAUAAAUAACAACAGUAUUAAUUAGCUUUUAUCUUCGGAAUUGUUUUGAGAUAUUUGAACUGUUUAAUUAGUGUUUGGGUACGAAUAAUCAAUAUUAAAAUAGGACACAGUCAUGUCGGAUAUCUGGGUUCAGUAUGACAAUAGGACAGAACAAGUAAAUUCUGUGCUAGUACCUCCGCAAGAAAACCGGCGAUCAUUGCAGAGUAAUGGAGGAAUGUGCGGCUCAAGAGAAGACAGUAUGGAAUUGGAAGAUACCAGCACAAUUCCAAAAUCACGGGUGCGAUGUGGCAAAGUGAAAUUGUGCACUUUAAUAAGCUCUGCUGGCGUCUGCGUACUGGUUGGUCUUGUUAUUGGAUAUUGUGCCGCGAAAACUCUGAACAAAGCGAAAGCGGAAGUCUCCCUCAGCGGACUUGCGUCAAGUCAGACUGGAAGUAUAGAACUCAGCAAUGGAGGAGUUGAUUUACGAAUUAAUCCUGAUACAAGUGUAUGUGACGGUUCGUCGUGUGUGCAGUGUAAAGCCGAAGCCCCUUCUCCACACAACAUAACCUCUAAUCCUUUCAGUUGUGGCGAGGACCAAAAUGUCAAAAAUUCAAGUUGCUAUCUUUGUAAUGGGGAGUGCAAAACGCCGAACGAUCUGCAAGGUAGAACAAGUAUAAUGUGUGGGGGACGGCCUAAAUCAAUAAUUUCGUGUUGUAUCAUUAGCCAGAUGGGUAACCUCGGCAAUGUGUGUGGUGUGGGCGGCGAGUACAACUGCUACGAAGACGGGUCAGGCCGUCUCACGCCAAUGUGUAUAUGUCCACGUGGACAAUCUGGAGAUGGAUGUCAGACUUCAACUACAGAUAAGUUAAACUGUAAGUGUUAUAAACCCGACUAUAAGUUCUGCGGCCAGGAGAACAUCGCUGAAUGUAACAGUAUGGAUACGGAUGUAACACAGUGUCACAUGGUUGUUGACAGACGCGGAGAAAGUCAUAAUUGUAUCUGCAAUAAAGCAGAUGACGGUGAAUCUGAUGACAAUUAUUCAGAUAGUUGUUCAAUUCCCCGCACAGACGCACUAACAAAUGGUACGCGAACAAAUGACUCCACAAAACUGUUUCAAGAUUUCUUAUUGUAUAUAGUUUUAUUGGCCAUCUGUUUAGUAGAAAAAACGUGAGCAGAUAAUUAAAGAAUAUGGAACAAUCUGUCUCUCAGAUCAGAACUGCUUUCGGUUCACACUGUUUUCGAAGAUCUCAGCAAUACCUUCAGAUAAUCGACGGAAGCGUAAGAAGUUAACUCAAGCUAUCUACGAAUUGCCAUGCAAUACUUCCCAGAAAUAAACGGAGGCGUAACGAGUUAGCUCAAGCUAUCCGGUAUCUUCCGUACACUAUCUCCUGGUAACGAACGGAGGCGUAACAAGUUAUCUCAAGCCGCCUACGAUCCUCCGUGCAGUAUAUAGUGCUUAGUGAAUACAUUCAUUCAAGACACGGUAGAUUUGAAAAUGCUUAGAAACAUUAACUCCUAGAUUUAUUUAAUUUCGUAUGGAGGUGCUUAGGUAACAGCAACAAUAUUUCAUGAAUAAAACGAUAUGCUCAGUAAUCGUUCUGUGUUACAUGCUCAUUGUCACAGUUCAUUAUUAACUUGCACAUUGGACCUUUCAGGUGUCCAACCUUGUAUUUCCAUGCUCAAUGACACAGUCUUAUAUUUUAUGUCUGGUUGCUACUGUCUAACAUUACUGUUGUAUUUUAGAUAGUGUUGGAGUAGUUAAGUAAAAUAUACAUUUGUGUAGAUGAAUAAAUCAGCCUAGUACAUCAUCUAGAAAAUUGUAAAUGCUCUCUUUUUUUAGAUUGAGAAGUUAAGACAUGACAUAUAUCAUAAGCCGCACCAUGAGAAAACCAACAUAGUGCAUUUGUGACCAGCAUGGAUCCAGACCAGCCAGCCUGCGCAUCCGCGCAGUCUGGUCAGGAUCCAUGCAGUUUGCUAACGGUUUCUCUAAUUGCAAUAGGCUUUGAAAGCGGAUGCGCAGGCUGGUCUGGAUCCAUGCUGGUAGCAAAUGCACUAUGUUGGUUUUCUCAUGGUGCGGCUCAAAUUAUUAUAAGGGUAUGGCAUAUAGCUGAAUAAGAAUUUAGUUUGGUUAGACCAUAAGUAUGUUCCUCGAGACCAUUGUUAAGGAUGUACGUCAAUUCUUAACCAUACUAGAUUGAGCUGCAGAUGUCAGUUCAUCUGUUACGAUUAUUAAUUCACAGUGGUUUCUUUGAUGUCAUAUAUAAGGGAGCAAAAGGCCUCUUUUGUGGCAUUUAGGUCUUUCACACUGCACACUGCAAACCAUUACUUAGUACUUAUUCAUCUAGACCAACUUUCGCUAUUGGUUAAAGACAAUAUAUAAUAGCACUUGAUUGGUUGAUAGCCUGACGUCAUUCAGCUUCAUGUCACAUUUGUAAUAUCUAAGUAUUUGAUAAUCACGAACUCACUGUAUUGCUUCCUGUCUCAAAAAGCGAAGUUGAGAGUUAGAAGUGGGCACUCUAGAUUUUAGUUAACAAAACAUAAUUAAAUAUUAACUGUCUGUCAAUAAUCUAGUGUUAUUUACUUAGAUGAAGUUUGUCUUAUUGUCACUCCUUCUACAAUAUGGGACGGCCGCAUUAAAAAAUAGAAAAUAAGUUUUUUUCCGGCCUGAUCUCGGGCACGUAUAGAUAUUUUCGUGCUUAUCAUGUAAACCUGACAAUAUGCAAUUGUUCAAAAAAGAAAAGGAGUGUGUGUAUGAAUCAAAUUUGCAACUUUUUUCAGUAUUCAUGUAAUUUAUCCUUUUCAUGCUGGACAGGAUUGAUUUGGCCUUUGUGACCAGUGUAGAUCUUGAUCAUUCUGCACAUCCGUACAGUCUGAUCAAGAUCUGCACUGUUCGCCAUUCAGUCACAAUAUCUUUUUGGCAAGCACCCCUUUUGACAGUUAAUGGUACUGUCCAAAUUGAAAGAUGGAUAAGUUCAUUAUAGAAAUUUAGCAGGUGAAGGGUUAAGGCAAUAUGUAUGCUUUGAUUUUUUCAAGGAUAUACGAAUGAACAGUCAGGAAACAGGCUGUGCAAAGUAUUCAUUUAAAUGGCUUUCCUAUUGCAUAUCUUAUAACAAUUAUGUGACGGUUUUAUAACGAAAUAUUGCCCGAGCUGCGUUGUGACAGUUUUAAACACAUUUAUCUGUAUAAACAAUUUUCUGGCUGAUUUUGGCUACAUUUUUUUUUCGGUUGUUAUUUUUGCUAACAGAUAUCAUAUCAUCCUGUUAAUAGUUAUAUUAGUUGGCUGGCUGACUGGGUUUGUGCAAUAAGCUAUUGAUGUCAUGUGCUUUUAUCAUUUGCCUAUUACAUAAUUUUGCAGUAGACCUUGUGUGUUUUUGCUGUGAAUAGCUACUUAUAAAAUGAUAAUAAAACUUAUUGAUGCAUAUAUAUAUAUAUCUUGUACUGAUAAAAACUAGUAUGGCAGUUGAUUGUAUGAUAAAAAAAGUCAUUCUAUAUGGUUACUUACAUUCCACUUCGAUUGUGUAUAUAAUAAUUCAAACAUUUUAUCUUGUUGGUGUAUGUAAUUGUAGAUGUUAAUUGUGAGACUUGAUAGUAGUCAGUUAUCACGGUAAAUUAGAAAGGCAAUUUCAAAAUUAUUGUUUGAUACCUUUUGAAUGCUAAUGUGUUUUAACUAAAGAGUAUGAAUAGAGUUGUAUAGCAGUGUUGGAAGAAAUGUGUAUAUUGUGUUGUGUUUACCUUGAAAUACUGUAGUGUUGGUUAUAUUCGCGAACAAUCCCACUCGUGGAUUCAAACUAUUCAUGUAUUUUAAUCUGCACCGUGUUCAAAAACACAAACACUCACAUUUUGCGAAUUCUUAACACCGCGAAUAAAGAUUCUGAUUAUGGAAUCGUUUCGCGAAUUAUACAUACCGCGAAUAAAGGUGCUAAUCAUGGAAUCGUUGUUAAACCGCGAAUAAAGGUGCUUAUCAUGGAAUUAUUAAAACAUGUCGAAAUAGCGAAAAUAACCAAAUUUACAGUAUCUUUUGUGAAUAAACUAUAUUGAAAUACGAA